AUGGCAGGCGACAAACGCGGGUCUCGGUCCUCACAGGACAACAGCUCCAACGACUCGAGAGAGGGUAAAGUCGAGGAGAAGGAUGAAGAUGGCGAAAAGGUACCCGAUGCGCCCUGGCGCUGUCUUUUUGCUUUCACCACCAGAGCGAACAUUCCACUCCUCGUGGCCGGCAUCUUCUGUUCCUUCGCUGCAGGGUUUAUGGGUCCAGCCGUCAACUUCGUCGUCGGCAAAGUCGUUGGGGGCUUGACAAAUUACCAGUCAGGGUCUAUGGACGGUGACAAGUUUCUGAGAGAACAGACGAAAUGGGUUCUAUGGACCGUUGCCAUCUCGGCGGGAUCUUGGAUAUUUGGCGCUCUAGAGUUCCUGCUCUGGAUGUCCUUUGGCGAGCUCCAGGCAAAGAGUGCUCGCGACCGCCUCUUCCAUGGACUUCUAGGGAGAGAAGUUGAAUGGUACGAACGUCGCAAGAACGGUAUAGGCGCCCUGCUGCCGAGACUACAAGCUCAAAUUCGGGAACUUCAGCUGGCCACGUCUCAGCCUCUGGGAUCCAUUUUCGCCUUGAUAUCCACCUGCGUCCUUUCACUAGCACAAGCACUCUACCGCUCAUGGGAUCUGGCUCUAGUGACUCUUGCUACAGUCCCUGUCAUCAUAUUCGCUCUGGUGAUGGCACGCGGUGGUCUGGAGCACAACAUAACCAUGCAGCAGGACAAACUCACCGAAGCACAGAAGUACUCCACCAGCGCGUUCUCUUCGAUAGAGACAGUGAAGUGCUUCAAUGGCCAGGAAAUUGAGCUAAAGAAGUACAACACAUGCAUAGAUGAGGCUGGAGUGUGGUACGCAUGGGUCGCAAACGCGAGCGCUCUCCAGAUGGGGCUGGCAGUGCUGCUAUCCGUCUCCAUGUUCGUGCAAGGAUUCUACUAUGGAGGUAUUCUGGUCGGCCGCGGUACCAUUCAAGUCGACGAUGUGGUCACGACAUUCUUUUCUGCCAUUGGUGCCUUUCAGGCUCUGCAAGGCAUUCUACCGCAGAUGAUUGUGUUUGAAAAGGGACGGAAGGCCGGCUCCGUGCUCAGGACUAUCAUGGCACAAGUCGAGGACGAGUCAACUAUCGAGCAUAAACAAAACCUCCUGGCACCUGCAACAUGCCGUGGAGACAUAGAAGUGUUAGACCUCUCCUUUGCAUACCCGUCCCGACCUGACAUACUGGCCAUCCAGGAUGUCUCCAUGGUGAUACCAGGAGGGCAAAUGACGUUUCUCAUCGGCAGGAGCGGUUCUGGCAAGAGCACAAUCAGCCAACUGCUGAUGCGGUUCUACACUGCCACGGGGGGCACAAUCAACAUCGACAACAUUCCGCUGGCAUCACUAGACACGACAUGGCUCCGCUCGAAUAUCACUCUUGUUGAGCAGACGAGUUUGUUGUUCAACGACACUGUGUUACGCAACAUCGCUUUCGGUCGUGGUAAGGACUACGAGCAAGUCACAAGAGAAGAGGUGGUGGAAGCCGCCGAGUUCGCCCUACUGCAGCUCAUGAUCUCGGAUAUGCCUGAUGGCCUCGAUACAGGUGUCGGCUUCAAGGGUGGAUCCAUGUCAGGCGGACAGCGUCAGCGUAUGGCAUUGGCGAGAGCAAGGAUUCGCGACUCUCCUAUCUUGAUCCUCGACGAAUCCACGAGUGCUUUGGACUACAUCACCAGAACGCUCAUGAUGGAAGCCAUUCGACGUUGGCGAACCGGCAAGACGACUAUCAUCAUAACUCACGACAUCUCUCAGAUCAUGGCGGACGAUUACAUCUACCUGUUAGAAAGUGGCAGGCUUGUCCAAGAAGGCUAUCGCAGCACUCUCGAAAAGAUGAAGGGCACACCCUUUCAAGGCUUCCUUUCAGAGGGUCAGCGAGCUGCAAUAACCUCUUUUCACAACGAAGGCUACGAGUCGGUAACAUCGAUCAGGACCCGUGGUUCGUCCAUCGACUCCGACGCAUUCAUCACUAAAGGGUUCGAGGACGAGCUUGAUCCUAUCGAGAAACAGCUCACGCUGCAUGAGAAGCGUGCCACGCAAAGGAUAUCAUACUUCCCUACUGUACUCGACGGAGGUAGUCCGCUCAUCGGCUUGCCGGCCUAUAGGCCAGGUGGACCAACAUCAAAUUUCGCUUCACCUUUCAUGCGUAUGAAUGAGUUGUUGGAGUCGCCAAAUGAUGCAUCGCCCUCUCAUCUGCGGUCGCCAGCAGAUCACCCAACAUCGCUUACACCUACCCAAACCCCACCGCCAUCUGGGAAACGAUGGUCUCAAGUCUUGGAGCGAUUUGUCGAUCAAACCGGUAAGCUGGCAGCAGAAGCUCGUCAACACGUGGGUACUGCGCGUCUUCGCCGACCUCUUCCGGGGGAUCCCGAAGCGAUUCCACUACGAGGACCUGAAGAGGCUCUGGCGAAGCUAGAGAGCGAUCAGAACGAUGUGAAACCUGUUCGAUACAACUCACUCAAGACCAUAUUCGGCACCUUGUGGCCGAGUCUCGACAGGCGAGCGAGGUUUUACCUGAUUCUUGGCUUCUGGGGUGCGACUGUGCACGCCGUCGGCUCGCCGCUUUUCUCGUUUGUGCUGGUCAAACUUCUUGCAACAUAUCAAGUGCCUGGCGGUGACAAGGCGGCCGCCUUGAAGUGGUCGAUGGCGAUUCUGGGCAUCGCUUUUGCCGAUGCGGCACACACAUGGACCUUACGGUUCUUUCACGAGUACACCGGCCAGCUCUGGGUUGACUCCAUACGAGCCGAAGCCUACAGCAGAAUCCUUGACCAGCCUAAACAUUUCUUCGAGAAGGAUGAGAACGGCGUCUCUAAGCUUACAGAAAGCCUCGAUCGGAACGCUGAGGAGAUGCGCAACCUGCUUGGACGGUUCGCGUCGCUGGCCUAUGUCGCUGUUCUCAUGGUCAUCGUCACAAUCACAUGGGCCGCUGCCUCGUCGUGGAAGCUGACAUUGAUCGCACUGGCUGUGUCGCCAUACAUUUAUGGCGUCACCAAGCUCUUUGCGAGAAUCAGCGAAAAGUGGGAGUCAAACUGCAACGACGCUGCCGCUGAUGCUUCGGCGAUUUUCACGGAAACCUUCACCAACAUCAAGACUGUGCGCGCACUGACCUUGGAGUCGCACUUCACAACAAAGUAUAGGACGGCUACGGUUCAUGCGCUGAAAGUCGGCUUCAAGAGAGCCAUGUACACCGGCUUCUUCUUCGGUCUGUCCGAUUCUGCCGGCAACUUUGCUACUUCCAUGAUCUUCUAUGUUGGCGCUCGACUGGUCACAGACGGCGCUUCUCCCAUCAAGGUCAUCGAGGUCUUCACCAUGCUGAUCAUGGCGAUCACGAACGUUAGUGCGAUCCUGGAGUACAUCCCACAGAUGGGCUCGUCGAAAGAUACAGCUUCGCGACUACUGCAGCUUGCUAGGCUGCCGAAGGACUCGCAUGAACAUCGCGGUGAUACUCGCAUCACCACCGUGGGUGAGAUCGUAUUCGACGAUCUGAAAUUUGCCUACCCUUCGAGGCCGAAUCAGACUAUACUUCAGCACAUCAACCUGAAGCUGUUGCCCGGCACUACGACCGCGAUCGUAGGGGGCUCCGGUUCAGGAAAGUCUACGAUUGCGAAUCUGCUUCUGGACUUGUACAGUACUUCGACAGUGCCAGGUGCGAGACCAGGCGACCUGACCUUCGGUGGCCGCCCAAUGCAGCACAUCCACACACCGUCUCUACGAGCACUGAUUGUCUCCGUCUCGCAGACACCAACACUAUUCUCAGCGACUGCUUUCGAAAACAUUGCAUACGGCAUCCCAGCCGACUCGCCCAACAGAAGUCAACAGAGCAUUGAAACCGCAGCACGUCAAGCAGGAAUCCACGACUUCCUCGCUAGCCUACCUCAGGGUUACGAGACUCCCAUUGGCGAAGGCGGACUUGGUCUUUCAGGAGGUCAAGCCCAGCGUGUCAACAUAGCUCGCGCCCUUGUUCGCAAGCCUUCCGUCUUGAUUCUCGACGAAGCCACAUCAGCGCUUGACGUUGAGUCUGCUAACCUCGUCCGAAGCACUAUCCACAACCUCAUCAGCGAUAGCAGUCACGAAAUGACGGUCGUGAUCAUCACGCAUCAUAGAGAUAUGAUGGAAAUUGCGGAGAGGAUUGUGGUGUUGGAUCAAGGAGGCAUCGCUGAGGUGGGCACUUUCAAGGAGUUGCUGCAGAACGAUGGAGCUUUGGCGAAUUUGCUUGGUGGCGGGGAGUGGAGGGAUGUGGAUGCUGGUCAGAAUGGCGUGGUAAGCGCCAGGAAGGAGUCGGCCAAGGUGCUAGAUAGUGGUGGUCCGAAGUUGAAGGAUGUGGACUGGAUGACGAGUGGUGGGAGAGAGAGCAAGAGGAGACCGGAAGCGGGUGAUCCGAGGGCACCCAGGACACCGAGGUGA